CAGUCGUAAUGCAGAUAUUGCUGCGAAGAAUGGUGCACCAGUGUAGCUGCAAUACAGUCAACCCCCACAAAUGUGGGAUCAUCCUGAUAACGCUCACUCCAAAGCUCCUCCGAGGACACCGACUCUCCCUGAUUGUCCUUUAUGCAAAGUACCGUUCAGAGGAGGGAUGAUCUGCUUAAUCUGCUGGUUUAUACUACGUGGCACGGGCAUGGCUGGAAUUCGAGUGCGAUACAAGGAAACAAUUUGUGG